AUGAGACAAAACAAGAACUACAUUAGAACAGAACCUGAAACUGAUCAGGAUUCAUCUAAAAGUGACCUGCGAGAACAUUCUAUCAGAUUGCAGAAGAACUACAAAUCUUUGGUAGAGGAGAUGGGAUCAAGUUUACAUAUAGUUGACAAGUUGUUUUCUGAAGAUGUAAUAGGCAGAGAGGAACAAGAACAGAUUAUGGCGACAGAAUUAACGACCACAGAACGCAACAGAUUGAUUAUCGAAAAACUUAUUCCAAAGAAUAAAAUUUGUUACAGGACAUUUUUGGAAGUAAUAAGAGACGAUGAUUGUGACAGUGCUUUGGCAGAUGAAAUUGAACAAACAGAUGUUAAUCAAAAUGAUAUCAUACUUCUUAUGAUAGGAAGAGACAAAAUAAAUGACAGGAUGAAAGAUUUAGAAAAAGUGAAGGAGCUACAAGAAAAGGUACAGAGGUUAGAAAUUGAUGUAAACGAAAGCAUUCCAAAAAACGUUAAAGACCACAUUUAUAGAAUCUUACAAUCUUGGAAAUCUGAUAAUAUGCAGUUUUUGUCUACAAGGGCCAGCAUGAAAGUUAUGGAAUGUCUCCAGAGUAACAAAUGUGUGACGGUUUUAGGGAAUCCUGGAGUCGGGAAAACAGUGACAACACAAUACGCUGCACUUAAAAUGCAAAAGAUGGGAUAUGAAGUUAUUCCAGUUACUGUUCCAAAAGAUAUCAGAGACUUCUAUUCAAAAGGAAGGAGAACCAUUUUCGUUAUCGAUGACCUUUGUGGUAAUUACACGGCUAAUUAUCAAAGCAUAGAAGAAUGGAAGUUGUGGCUGAGAGAUAUUGAAACCGUUUUAGAAGACGAGUAUUGUAAAAUUAUCGCAACUUGCAGAUUGCAAGUUUUUAAGGAUACGAAAAUGGCGGAACUGCCUCUUUUCAGAAUUUGUGUAUGCAAUCUGAACGCUGACGAUCUCUGUCUAACUUUAGACGAGAAAACAAUACUGGCAGAUGUGUUUUUUGAAAAUCAUUCUAAAAAAGCUGUUACGAUGGCAGAAACGUGUGACUUUUUCCCUCUAAUGUGUAAACUGUAUAAAAGGAAUAAAACUAACUUGGAUUUUAAUUUAGAUGAUUUUCUAAAACAUCCCUUUUCUGUCUUUGAAAAUGAACUAAAUAGUCUAUUCGUUGCUGGGAAUGAAGGUAAAUACAAAUACUGUGCACUUUUACUCUGCGUCAUUUAUGAUAACAGUUUGAGUGAAAAUUAUUUUACAACACGUGACCUGGUAUUUAAUGAAAACAUUGAAACAGUAUGCGAGGCAUGCGAGCUAAACAAGGGUACAUCCAAACUUGUAUUUAGGAAAGCACUAGACUUACUAAAUGGUACGUUUAUAUCAAAGGAAUGCGACAUAUAUCGUACAAUACAUGAUAAACUGUUUGAUUUCAUUGGUAAAUACUUUGGGACAAGACACAUCGACUGUCUAUUAGAUUGCUGUGCAAGUUCUUUUAUUAAGGAGCGUUUCUCAUAUCCAACACCAAAAGAGGAUACGAAUGCAGAAUUUUCAAUAACAUUACCAGUAAAAUGUACUUCCAAAUACAUUUUGAGAGUUAUUUCCGAAUGGUCGAAAGGACACGUAUCCGUUGCUUUGUCCAACAUUAAUAUGAAAAACCUAUCCUUCCGAACAGACUUACUUAAACAAUUGAAGGGUGUUGAUACGUCUGUUCAGUCAGACCUCGCAAGAAAAAAAGACAAUAGAAAUAUUGACGACAAUGCCUUACUUCAGAGUUGUUUCGUAGGGGACCAAGAAAUUACCAGCUGGAUAUUAGAAUACGAGAAUGAUUGCAACAAAAGCAGACCAAACGGUGAAUCACCACUCUUAAUUGCUUCGUAUAUGAAUCACUUACCCAUCGUUAAACUUUUGAUAAAUCAUGGUGCUGAAAUUAACCAAUCAAAGAAGAAUAAUGUAUCUCCACUUUUUAUGGCAAGUCAAGCGGGCCAUAUUGCUGUUGUAGACUUUUUGCUUAGCUGCAACGCAAACGUGAAUGUUUGUAGAAGUGAUGGACAAACUGCACUGGGUGUAGCGGCAAUGCACGAUCAUUGUUCAAUCGCCAAAAGACUCAUAGACAAAGGUGCAGAUGUUAAUAAAAGCUCGAACAUUGGAAUGACACCUUUACAAAAUGCUUGUCACGGAGGACACAUUGAAACUGUCAGACGACUUAUUGAGAAUGGUGCGGAUGUGAAUAUAUGUUCCCAAACUAAUUCACCGUUAUAUACAGCUUGUUAUAUUAAGCACGUCUCUAUUGUUAAUGCGCUUAUAUCUGCAGGAGCUGACCUUAACAAAAGUAUCUUGAACGGGUUCACUCCACUAUAUAUUGCUUGUAAUACUGCCGAAGUCGAAUUAGUGAACGCAUUGAUUGACAAUGGUGCGUCUGUCAAUACAUACACACAAUUAGGAUAUACACCAUUAUAUGUUGCGAUAUGUAGUGGGAAUAUUAAUAUUGUAAAUAAACUAAUCGAAGGAGGGGCAGAUGUCAACAUUGGCGUGAAAGGAGGUGCGUCACCUUUAUACAAGGCAUGCCAUAAUAAGCAAUCGUCCAUUGCAAACACACUAAUUGAUGAAGGAGCAGACGUGACCUUAUGUUUGGCACAUGAACACUGCCAUACUUUAUAG